AUGUCCCUGUCGUCUGAUCACUUUGCCAUUGUCUCACGGGAGGUCCAGGUUACCUGGCUUCUCUAUCUGCCGUCGUUGCAGACACCAGCAGCAUCAACACGGACACCCAAUUGUCUCCGGUACCAGCGGUCUCCAGGCGGUUACUUGGCUCCCCUCGGCGAACAGAUAACUCGGGCCGGGCUGGACACGUGUUGGAGUCAUGCGUCAUGGCCGGAGGCUGAGUAA